CGACGGCGACGCCAGCGGGGAUUGAUUUCUUCUCCAUCUUCACCUUCGCCAUUCCCGAGUCAGAGACGACUGACGCUGACUCCAGGAGAUCCCACGCCCACAAAACGCCAACCGCGUCCCUCCACUCGGACUCCCCCCGUCCGUCGCUGCUGUUGAUGAGCGGCAGCCCCCGGCCGUGUCGUUUUCGUCUCGCGUGAAGUGAGGACGGAACGGGUCGUCCCGAAUUUCUCACGCUCCAUUGAAGGCGGGGGAAGAUGAUGACAGGCGAGCGGCCACAAUAAAACGGUUUGAGCCCCGAUGAAUUGGUCUCCGGUCCUCUUCGGGUUCACUCGUUUUCUCUUUCUUUCCCCGUCAGGGACGGAGUGAUCACGAGGGAGAUGAUGACGUACGCUUCACUGCCUGGUUUGCUGGGUCCUUUGAAUUUUCUCCGGCCCGGUUCCUCGUGAUGUCCCGUUGAAUUCUCCUCUUUAUAUGUAUAUGAUACUUUUUUCAGCUUCUCCCGAGUGACCCUGCUUUGUCUCUGAAUUCCCCCGUUAGCUUCUUUUCUUGCCGAUUCUCUCUCUAGAGUUAACAUGUACGAGAGAGAUAGGAGCUUCGGCGAGCUUGUAUCCAAGCUCCAGGCGUCCAUUCGGGAUGUCGCUUCGUUGGCCAAGGGCUCUGAAGCCGAGAGCGAGGUUCUGUUAGAGUUCGGAGCUCUGGCGGAGAAGUUCGUGCCCAUUCUCGACGAUUUGAGCGGUAAUGAUGGGGCGAAAGGCUCGUCUCCCACGCGGAAAGCGGUCGAGUCGCUCGACAUGGAGUUCGGGCGGGCUAAGGCUCUGAUCAGGAGCCCCAACCCGAGAGAACCCGUGAAGCAGAUUGAGGAGUUGGCUCAUGAUCUCGGUCGCUCCCUGGGGCUCGUGCUCUUCGCCAGGCUCGACAUCUCCACGGAAAUCAAGCAGAAAAUCAGUGCUUUGCACAGAGAGCUGAUGAACACCAAUUUCGCCACCGGUCGAAUUACCAGUUCGAGCACCAGCAGUGAAGUGGGAUUCGAUAGCGAAUCGGAGGUGGAGGUGGAGGAGGAGAAGGAUAUCAUAGAAGAGAUAGAAGAGAUAGAAGAGGAGGGAAUCAAUCUCGACAUCAACGACGUGGCUUUGCAACUGAAGUACGGCGAUGACGACAAGCUCAAAUUCGCCCUUCUGGGGUUGCAAGAUAUGGUUAACGGGGAGGUGGUGAACCAAGACUGGAUUAGUGAUGAGUCCAUUGUUCCUAUCCUGAUUAACCGGUUGAGCGUCGGUAAGCAGAAUAGCCGGCUGACUGUCUUACGUAUAUUGAGAACCCUUGCUUCGCGGGAUGCCGAAAACAAGGAGAAAAUGGCGGAUGUCAGUUCUCUAUCAGUGCUAGUGAAGUCUCUGUCACGGGACGUGGAAGAGAGGCGGGAAGCAGUGGGAUUGUUGCUUAGUCUCUCCGAUCUCAACACGGUCAGGAGGCGAAUUGGCAGAAUACAAGGCUGUAUUGUUAUGUUGGUGGCUAUGCUCAACAGCGAAGAUCCGGUCGCCUCGAGUGAUGCCCGCAAAUUGUUAAAUGCUUUGUCUAGCAAUACACAGAAUGCACUUCAUAUGGCUGAAGCAGGAUAUUUCAAGCCGCUCGUGCAGUACCUGAAAGAAGGUUCUGACAUGAGCAAAAUUCUUAUGGCUUCUGCACUUUCGAGGAUGGAGCUGACCAAUCAGAGCAAAGCUUCUCUUGGGGAAGAUGGGGCAAUCAAUCCCCUUGUCAAAAUGUUCAGUACGGGGAAGCUUGAGGCUAAGCUGUCUGCAUUGAGUGCACUGCAUGACCUAUCCAGCUUGACAGAGAAUAUCCAGCGUUUAGUCAGCUCUGGUAUCGUGAGCUAUCUACUUCAGCUACUUUUCUCUGUUACAUCGGUUCUAAUGACUCUCCGGGAGCCUGCAUCGGCUAUUCUCGCACGAAUUGCUCAAUCAGAAUCAGUUUUAGUCAAUCCAGACGUGGCUCAACAGAUGCUCUCACUUUUGAAUCUGUCGAGUUCAACAAUCCAGUGUCACCUCUUGCAAGCUCUUAACUCCAUUGCAGCCCAUCCUAAUGCAUCCAAAAUUAAAAGGAAAAUGAGGGAGAAGGGUGCAUUUCAACUACUCCUACCCUUUCUCACUGAAAGUAACACUAAAAUAAGAACCGAUGCGUUGAAAUUACUUCACACUCUUUCUAAAGAUUCACCAGAAGAGUUGGGAGAGCAGCUAGGCGAAUCUCACUUAUGCACUCUGGUCAGCAUUACAGCAACCUCCAUAAGUAUGAUUGAAAAAGCUGCAGCGGUUGGCAUACUGAGCAAUCUCCCUAUUGCUGAUAAGAAAGCGACAGAGACGAUGAAGAGGGCUAAUUUGCUGCCCAUUCUGUUGUCAACAAAGAGUUCCAGUUCUGCGACUUCAACAUCCACAGAUCAGGCCGAGCUCUGGUUGGAAGAGAGCAUUGCAGGUGUUCUGAUUCGAUUUACUUCUCCAUCUGACAAGAAACUGCAACAUUUUUCUGCAGAGCAUGGGGCUAUUCUAUCCCUUGUGAAGUUGCUAUCCAGUGGUUCACCACUUGCAAGAGCCAGAGCUGCGACUGCACUGGCUCAACUAUCACAAAGCUCAUUCUCCCUUGCAAAAUAUAGAAGAUCGAGGUGGUUAUGUGUGUCCCCUUCCUCCGAUGCACUUUGUCAAGUUCACGAAAGCUUCUGCGGAGUCAAAUGCACAUUCUGCAUUGUCAAAGCAGGCGCUGUUGCUCCACUGAUUCGUGCGCUAGAAUGCAAAGAAGCUGAUGAAGCUGUUCUAGAUGCACUUGCAACUCUUGUCCAAGAUGAGAAUUGCGAGAACGGAAGCAAUUACUUGGCCAAAAUGUCGGGUGUCCCAGCCCUGAUAAAAGUUCUGGAAUCAGGAAUUGUGAAGGCUCAAGAGAAAGCAUUAACAAUACUAGAGAAGAUCUUUAGAUCCGAUGAACACAGGCUAAAGUAUGGAGCAUCUGCGCAGAUGGUGCUCAUUGAUCUGGCCCAGAGUACAAAUUCCAGAUUGAAAUCGACCGUCGCGAGAAUGCUGGCGCAGCUUGAACUCUUGCAAAUCCAGUCUAGCUACUUCUGAGUGUGAUGACGCAUUUCGAGCGUAUUUUCAUCUCUUUGUUAGCUCCUUUUUCAGGAGAAAAUUUGUUUGUGUAGCUUCAACUUGGUUUGUAAUUGGUCUUGGCUGGUAGGUUACUUUAGUGGUAAGAAUCAUGAGUACUAUUCGCUGGGUAAAUAUACAGUACACAACCGAAAAAAAUUACUGUUUUUUCAAAAUAAUGUGUAUUACAGAUUUUGAUAGGGAGAAAGUACAUAUGUAAUGACAAUAAAGUCUCACUGUAUGUUUCAUAAAGAAGUGAAAGUACGGAUGUAAUGAUAAUAAAGAAGUGAAAGUGUGUAAUUUUAAAGCACUUCCAUUUUCGAUUUC